UCAACUUGCCUUUCCAUCUUCAAAGCCUAGUUUUUCCUUUCCUUUCCUUUCCUUUCCUUCUCUGUUUUCGAUUCUUCUCUUCUCUUUCUUUUCUUUCCCUUGCCCUUUAAAAAUACUUUCGCAGCCACUCACCAUUACGACUGUUUAAUUUCAUGCUAUUUUAGUUAUCUGAUUAUAUACUGGGAAUUCCUCUGCCGAAGUCAAACAUUUGCUUUCGUUGCUUAAGUUUCUUUUCCUGCCUCUCUGUUUCCAGGAUUUCUCUUUUCAACUGAGGAGAAGAGUUAUGAUUUGUUUUUUUUUCCUUUUUCCUUAAUUGGAAAGAAAAAUUUUGACUUUGAUUUUGGGGGGGAGUUGCAGGAGUUAUUCAAGUAUUGACUCGGCAAGUUUUGAAGCGAAAUCCGUUUCUCGUGAUGGCUACUCAGGACCAAAUUGAAGGCACAACAUUGCCCAAUGCUCUUAAAUCUGGUAUAUGCAGUUCCAAUGUUAGCCCACAAUCUGAGACUUUGACCCAGUUGCAGGAGAUAUACAAAUUUCGGCAUGAUCAUACACCCAAGGUCAGGAAACCCUAUACUAUAACUAAACAAAGGGAAAAAUGGACUGAAGAAGAGCAUCAGAAGUUUCUUGAAGCUUUAAGGCUGUAUGGUCGUGGCUGGCGCCAAAUAGAAGGUAAGUGUUCAGUGGCGAGGAAUGGAUUCACUUUUUUGCCACAGCUAUGGUUUGAACAGUUAAAGGUUGUCCGACAUUCAAAUGUUGGGUUUGAGGAUUCAAUUAAACCAGUCGAGAUACCCCCACCUCGUCCAAAAAGGAAGCCAAUACAUCCAUAUCCCCGCAAAUCUGUUGAUUCGUUCAAAGGAAUAUCAUCAUCAUCUCAAUAUGAGAGGUCUCCAUCCCCCAAUAAAUUUGUCAGAGAACAAGAUAACAAAUCGCCCACAUCAGUUUUAUCUGCAUUUGCUUCAGAUGCAAUGGGGUCUGCUGCCUCGGAGCAACAAAAUGGAUGUUCUUCCCCAACUUCUUGUACUACCAAUAUGCAGUCAAUCAAUACAUCCCCUGUUGAAAAGGAAAAUGACUAUGUGACAUCCACCUCAUCUGCAGAGGAAGAAAAAACAUCUUUGUCAUCGGGGAAAGUUUUUGGUCAUUUGGCUGUGGAAGACAUUUUGCCUACGAAAUUCAAUGAAGAUUUCAAGAACUCUAUGUGUGCUAAGGGAAAUGCAGCAAUAGUUGUGCCUUUCACAAGUAUUAAGCUUUUUGGGAAAACAGUUCAGGUGAAAGAUUCUCCUGAGCCUUCCAUAGGUGCAGAAAAUUUCAAGUCAUCAACAUCUAAGAGUGGUCAAGAGGAUGUUAAUGCUGUCAGUGAGAUGCUUGUUCAAGCAUUACCGGCAACAUACUUAGACACGCAUUUGUCACUUGGCACAGUUAUCAAUAAUUGGAAUGUGGUGCCUUCCAGAGCUAAUUUAUCCCCUUACCGGGAAAUCCACCCAGAUAAAAAUGACCAUGUUGAAUCCACCCGUGAUGCUUCUCUGCCAUGGUGGGCUUUUUACCAAGGUCUUCCCUUUUAUUACAUUACCUCAUUUAAUCAAACCCCUACAGAUUCUUGUGUCGAAGAGAUGAUGAAUGAAAAGGAAAUUCUAAAAGAAAGAUCCUGUUCUGGUUCAAAUACUGGCUCGGUUAGUCAAGCAGAAAAUAGGGAGAAGACUUCAUAUUCUGUUGAUUCCAAAUGCCAAUAUCCUUGUCCUGGGGGAAAAACAACUCCUCAAAAGUGUAGUAAGGGGUUUGUGCCAUACAAAAGGUGUUUGGCAGAAAGAGAUACAUCGUCGUCUGUGCUUGCGUCCGAAGAGCAGGAAAGGCAAAGAGCCCGAGUGUGCUCAUGAUAGCCAACGCUGUUGUUAUGAUAAUGAAAUUUUAAUGAGUUUUAAGCUAAUAGAGUUGGAAUGGCCUAGCCAGCAUGAUGGGGAAGCAGGGCGUCCGUUUGUCUGUUUAAGAUUCAAAAGUCUAAUGUAGAUUUUGCACGUCAAUCGUCACAAGUGUUGGAAAGAUAUAUGUAUGUUUUGGAUGCCAACUUGUUUUGCAGCAAUUUUUGUUA